AUGGCAACGCGCCAUUCAACAGAUGACCAAGAUUUCGAUUUAAUCUCGAAUGUAAGCGGUUCAUAUAAGCGGGAUAAUUUUAUAUUUCGCAUAUGGAAUUUUAAGAGGAAGAAAAAAUCUUCACACAUUUUGGACAAAUUUUGGCAGCAUCAGGAUACCACCUAUGCCAAACUAAGCAAUGGGAAUAAUGGAGAAAGUUUCUCCGACAUCCAGCUACAAAAUCUAGAUGUCACCAAUCUCCUCAUAACCACAGGCCACACCAAAGAAUCUUCUGUCAACUAUAUACCCAGUCGAGUACCCAGUUCCCGGGCCAGUUCCUCUUUGGAUCUGGAAUGGGAACAUGAAUAUAGUCAAAUGCGCCACUAUCAACAGCACAUGAUUAAGCAGCGGACCCAAAUGUUGCAGACCUAUCAACAGCUACAAAUGAUGGACUCAAAACCCUGUGAUGAAACCUCAGCCGAUGAAUCGUGGCAUUAUGUCAGUCACGAAGAGGAUCAAUUAAAUUCCAUGGCUUCCAUGUCAUCAAUGGCUGAGUUGCCUAGUGAGGCGGAGAUAGAACUGGCCGCCCGGCAACGUUCCCACAAAACGAAAGAUUCUCAACGUUCCGGAGAGCGUCGGGCUCUGCUACGUUCCAAUUCACGUCUUCAGCGUUCCAUAACUCGUAAUAGCUCUCACAACUCCUGGUCCCAUAUUUCCACUCCGGAAUCUCUAGAAUGGGAUGUUGAUGAGGAACAACAACGACAGCUCCAUGUCGAAGAUGAUAAUUUAGAUCAUGAGACCCUAAAGCUGCUGCAUCAAAUUGAACAGUUGAAAAAUCGAGUACUCUAUGAAACCGGAGAGGGUCUCUAUGCCGAUCCAGAGGAGAGUUUUAUGACGACGGCAAUUAGUAACUAUCGGCUCAAUAAUAUGAAUGUGACAGCAUCAGCCAGAACGACAGGUGGUGCGGUUGAAAAUUCCACAGCCCUGUUUCACCUGGGUGACAGUGAUGGCGAAAAUGGCAAUUACAGAUGA